AUGAGAAACAUUGCAGGUGUGUUUUUGAUCAUUACUCUUUUAAUUAAUGUGCAAUCUCUCAAGAAACGUUCAGGCGUAAACUACUGUACUAUUGGAGUGGUUCUUAUGAGAUAUCGAGUAAUGUGCGAUCCCCUGCGUUCACUCUGGGUCCUUAGAAAUGGAAAAUGCAAGGAGGCUCUGCAUUGUAUUGAUGGAUACUCCAAGAAAGAAUGCCAGAAAAAUUGUCUUAAAAAACCAAAACCAAAACCAACCCCGAAACCAAACCCGGAACCAAAUCUGAAACCUAAACUAAAAUCCAAUCCGAAGCCGAAGCCACUAAAAUCAACACCUAUAACAACUUGUGCAACAACCGUGGCUGAAAUUAAAACCUCAACUAAACAGUUUGAGACUUCAAGAGGGAUCGACUUAUCUUCGACCAGAGAAACUAGAAGACCCAGAAGAACUCGAAGAACGAGAGUUUAUACCAUCAGGGAGAUAUGCUAA